AUGAAAACUAAGCUUUUUAUCUUCGUGUUCUUUCUCUGUGCACUAAUUAUUAUUUCUGUUGUGGCAAUUGAGCCAUCCAAAGAAGGUGGUGCAAUAGAAGAAAUAAAAACAAAUAUUGGGAUACAUGAACGAGUAGUUUGGAGUCGUAGUUGGACCAGUUGGAAAAGCCGUGGAGCACCAGUUGAAGGAGUUGGAGGAGGAAAAUCAGGUGGAUUGGUCUCUGGAGGAACUGGUAGUGGAGGAGAUGCUAAAAGUGUGACUGAACAAAAUGAAAGUGGAAAAGACAAAGGAAGUGAACCGAUGGAAGAGGAAGCCGAUAAAAUUUAA